AUGGCAUUUUGGUCCAGCACUUCGGUUUUUACCUCUAAAGUGCCCAGGAAAAUUUUAUUCAUGUUCACCCUCUCCCUUUCUGUCACCUACUUGUUCUAUAGUUUGAUGAGCUGUUACAACUCGUUACAGUUCCCCUUGCAAGAGAAUUACGUGUACCAAGGGAGGCUGGUGACGGAGGAGACAACUUUCGUAACAUUAAGGGAGAAACUUUAUUCCACUUCACCCCAGGGCUAUUUGGACGAGGAGCUGAUAGAGGUGACUGCCGCCGCUGAGGAAACGGUUGCAAUUUCCACUGUCAAAGAUAAUGUGGAGACCGAACAAAGAACAUUGGAUUGGGUUAGGAAUCAGGCAGCUCCGACUAAAACUGCCGCGGUGUAUCAAUCUCCCGCUCUGGAGCGGAGGCACCAGGAAUUCAGCACCACGGACAACGAACUCAGGGUGAACUGCACCUCGGAUUAUGGGGUGAAAAAAUUACCCCAAGCCAUUAUAAUUGGGGUGAAGAAAGGAGGUACCAGGGCUCUGCUCGAAGCUUUGAGGGUCCAUCCCGACAUCAGAGCCGUUGGGAAUGAGCCACAUUUCUUCGACAGGAACUACGAGAAAGGGCUGGAUUGGUACAGAGACCUGAUGCCUUCGACGCUGGAGGGACAAAUCACCAUGGAGAAGACACCCAGCUACUUUGUGACUAGCCACGCCCCCAAACGCAUCCACACGAUGGCCAGGGACAUCAAGUUAAUCAUUGUGGUCCGUAACCCUGUCACCAGGGCUAUUUCAGACUACACACAGACUCUGUCCAAGAAACCUGAGAUCCCAACCUUUGAGGUUUUGGCCUUUAAGAACCGGACGCUGGGCCUAAUAGAUGCGUCGUGGAGUGCUCUACGUAUAGGGAUCUACGCGCUCCACUUGGAGACGUGGAUGCAGUACUUCCCUCUCGCCCAGAUGCACUUUGUCAGUGGAGAGAGGCUUAUUGUUGAUCCCGCUGGCGAGAUGGGCAAGGUACAGGACUUUCUUGGGCUCAAGCGGAUCGUCACGGAUAAACACUUUUACUUCAACAAAACGAAGGGAUUUCCUUGUCUCAAGAAGCCAGAGGACAGCAGCACCCCGAGAUGUCUCGGCAAAUCUAAGGGGAGAACUCACCCUAAAAUUGACCCGGACGUUAUCCGCCGACUGCACAAGUUCUUCAAACCCUUUAACAUGAUGUUCUACCAAAUGACUGGCCAGAACUUUGAGUGGGAGCUGGAGGAGGGCAGUGACUCUCGGGGCUCUCAGAACUAA